AGCGGAGCCGGGGCGGUUUGUUCAUCUCCAGUGCUGACCCAGCUGCUGCUCAGCAACAGGAGAUCAAGGAUGACUCCCUGGAGCUACGGAGGAAAAUAGUGAACAUGGAAAAUCCCGUGAUGAAAUACACGGAACUGGAAUAUAUUGGCAGAGGGACUUUUGGAGAUGUUUGCAGAGCACUUGACAAUGCCACAGGAGGGCAGGUGGCCAUAAAGAAAAUAAAUCUCCAAGAACUGAGGAAGAAGGAACUAAGAGUCUAUGAACUCAUGGUCAUGAAGACAAAUAUGAAUCCCAAUCUGGUCAACUAUUUAGACAGCUACCGUGUGGAUGGGCAGCUCUGGCUGGUCAUGGAGUACAUGGACGGAGGCACUCUGAGCGAUGUCAUCAGCGAGACCUACCUGUCUGAAGACGAGAUGGCAGCCAUCAGUCGGGAGUGCCUGCAAGGCCUGGAUUUUCUUCACUCGAACCAUGUGAUCCACCGAGAUGUGAAGAGCAGCAACAUCCUUCUCAGAACCGACGGCUCUGUCAAGCUGGCUGACUCUGGCCUCUUUGCUCAGCUCACCCCUGAGCAGAGUCGACGGAGCUCAGUGGCCGGCACUUCUGGGUGGAUGGCGCCUGAAGUGGUGACAGGUCAACCAUGUGGCCCCAAAGUGGACAUAUGGUCUUUUGGAAUCAUGGGCAUCGAAAUGGUGGAACGAGAAGUUCCUUACUGGAAUGAAACUCCUGUUUCGCCUCAACUCCUGAUAGACAUACGAGGGACACCAAAGCUGCAGCAGCCCAACCGAUUCUCGCCUUGCCUGCGUGACUUCCUGAGCUGCUGCCUGCUGAGAAACGAGGCACAGCGCUGGUCAGCCAAGGAGCUCCUGCAGGCAUGGGGCACCUACAAGCUCUUGGGACAAUCUGUGCUGGUGUUGCACCAUGCUCUGAGUAAACAAGUUCUUCCUUAG